AUGGAGCUUCUGGGAGAGUUUGUGGAACGGGACAGCCAGCCGCACUGGAUUCGAGUAAUUUGGGAGGGGCCGAGCGAAUCUGGUCGCUUCCAAGGACUGCUUUCGGGUUUGGCGCAGAUGAGAGAGCAGGUGACCGAACUCCUCAAAACCGUGGAAGGAAAGGAGCCGCAAGACGCGGAGGUGGCUGGGGGCUUCACCUCAGGCCCUGAGGGUGAAGACGAUGAGGCUGAAGAUGAAGAAAGUAACAUUCAUAACAAAACUUACUCAAGUGGACCACCUGCAAAACGGAUAAAACCCUUAAAUUUUGACAAUAGUCUUGAAUGUAGUUUUGGAAUAAAAAACCUUGGCUAAAUCAUCAUGUA